UGCUUUUAAUUUAUUUUUAUUUUUUCGGAAUUUGUAAAUCUGCGAACUGUUUUUUUUUUUAAAGCCGUCGGAGAUUUUUCAUCCCGCCGGAGAUCGGCCGGUCUCCGCCGUUCCCGUCGUUUCUUUGGCGCGUUGUUCGUUGCUUUCUGUAUGUUGGAACCGAGAUUUCGUUUAGAUCUAUAGCUUCCGAUCGGAGGAGAAGCGAUAAUCUAAUCUAGACGUGGAGAUCUUGGUUACUUGUUGUGUCACUGUGAUUCUUCUAGGGUUUAUAUUUUGAGCUGUGCUAUGGCGACUAGGAAUCGUACGUUGUUGUUCAGGAAGUACAGAAACACUCUGAGGAUCGUUCGUGCUCCGAUUGGGUCGUCGACAGUGACGGGGAACAAUUCGUUGACGGGAGCUAAAUCCGGCUUAGGUCCGGUGAUCGAGAUGGCGAGCACCUCUCUGUUGAAUCCGAAUCGGUCUUAUGCUCCAGUCAGUACUGAGGAUCCUGGGAAUUCGAGUAGAGGUACGGUAACAGUGGGAUUACCACCAGACUGGGUUGAUGUAUCUGAGGAGAUUUCAGUUAACAUUCAGCGUGCAAGAACCAAAAUGGCUGAACUGGGAAAAGCUCAUGCGAAAGCAUUGAUGCCUUCAUUUGGGGAUGAUAAAGAAGAUCAACAUCAAAUCGAGUCUUUGACACAAGAGAUUACUUUCUUAUUGAAGAAAUCUGAGAAGCAACUUCAGAGGCUCUCUUCAGCAGGACCUUCUGAAGAUUCAAAUGUCAGGAAAAACGUCCAGCGAUCACUUGCUACUGAUCUCCGAAACCUUUCGAUGGAGCUUCGUAAGAAACAUUCUACAUAUUUGAAACGCUUGAGACUGCAAAAAGAGGACGGAACGGAUUUAGAAAUGAAUCUGAACGGAAGCAGAUAUAAAGCAGAAGAUGAUGACUUCGAGGAUAUGGUAUUUAGUGAACAUCAAAUGAGCAAGAUAAAAAAGAGUGAGGAAAUAUCUGUAGAGAGGGAGAAAGAGAUUCAACAGGUUGUUGAAUCCGUAAAUGAACUUGCUCAGAUCAUGAAGGAUCUUUCCGCGCUUGUUAUAGACCAGGGUACCAUAGUUGAUCGGAUUGACUAUAAUAUCCAGAACGUUGCUAGUACAGUCGACGAUGGUCUCAAACAGCUGCAAAAGGCGGAACGUACACAGAGACAAGGAGGUAUGGUGAUGUGUGCGUCUGUUCUUGUCAUCCUCUGCUUCGUCAUGCUAGUACUCUUAAUCCUCAAGGAAAUUCUCUUGUGACCCAAGAAAAAGUGUGAUAAUUCAUUCUUUAAUUCUUUUGAAACGCGAUCACCACAUUUUUGCGGUACUGAGUGUUCUGUGUCCUCAUAUGGUCUGAAGAAAAAAAACCAAUUGUGUUGUCUCUCUUCCUCGGUGGCUUUUGCUGCAGCCUGCGGCUUCUUCUGCUAUUAUUUUUCACUUCUUACGGCGUUUACAUAGAUGGACAUCAUCACUUUUGUAUUGAGUGUUUGUAACUUGUGUUUUAACGAGUUUAUAAUGGUUUAUUUACAUGUAAAGAUGAUAUUAAUUAUGAUUUUUGAGGAUCUAUGGACAGAAGAUAAUAUAGAACUGUAAGGUUUGUUCCAGAA